AUUUGAUCUGAAUGAUUUUACUCUAAAUGAAGCGGUAAGAGCUGAAGGCUUGGAAAUAACCGAAGCUGUUUUACAACAAUUGUAUAACAACCAAAAGAACACGCGUGAAGGAGAUAAUGGCGAAUUCACCUGGAGAUGGAAACCAUACGACACAGCAUCAAGAGUUUUUCUGCAAUUCAGGUCUUAGCAGCACUCAGAGAAUAAUCAUUUCAGCUUUAGGCGUUCCUCUGUCCAUCAUCGCAUUUUUGGGGAAUUUUCUUAUCAUUUCCGUUCUUUGCAAAGUGUCUUCCCUACACCCGCCGUCGAAACUUUUGCUGGGUUGCCUUGCAUGCACAGAUCUGGGAGUGGGCCUCAUCGUGCAUCCUCUUCGCAGUGGAUUUUAUUUGUUAUUAGAAAACUCUAAGGGUUGUUACUACUUUUUCAUCGUUUAUAAUUUCACGGGGUUUAUAUUUGCUGGUGUAUCUUUGUCAACAACGACCGCAAUAAGUGUCGACAGACUUCUCGCUUUGUUAUUGGGGCUAAGAUACCGACAAGUUGUAACUGUGAGGAGAGUAAGGACCCUUAUAGCCAUUCUUUUGUUUUCGUGCACUUCUGCCUCAGUGGUUGCGUUUAACAGUUUAUCUAUUGCCUUCAGAUUCGUUUGUGCUUUGUUGUUACUGUGUGUAGCGAUCUCAUCUUUCUGCUACACUAAAAUUUAUCGUACACUUCGUCUUUCUCACGCACAAGGGCAACACAAAGAUGAACAGGGACAACAGAAUGGGGAGCGAGUUCAACUGAACAAAGCGCGAUACCAAAAGACAGUUUUCACAGCCCUGUGGAUACAAAUGGCACUACUGGCUUGUUAUCUUCCGUACGGUUUAGUCACAGCUUUCAUUACGAUCACUGGAUUGAACACCCAGUCGAUUACCUUCGUGUGGUGUUUGACGGCAUCUUUGGUGUUAUCAAACUCGACUAUGAAUCCAUUUUUGUACUAUUGGAAGAUGAGAGAGAUGAGACAAGCAGUAAAGGACACGAUCAGAAAGUUUUGUUGCUUAUUAUGUCGCACGAAGCAAACCUGGAGUAUCACUUCUCGACGAGAUGUUAAACAUACCGGCUCUUUUGUUGGUUUCUCGGACAAUCAAGUUGUACUCGUGCGCACGUCUCAUUUCCGUCGAUUGUCGAGCCUUAUAAAAAGUGGAACUCAUCAUGAGUAGGGUUGUGGACUCCGGAAAACACAGUUUA